ACUGGCUCUCUCUCUCUCACACAACUUCUUCACUGUUCUCUCUCACGCCUAGCAUUCUCUCACAAAGAAAACUAUCUCUCGUCUUAUCUAAAAACCAAAAACAACAAAACCGGCCGCUCGCAAAUCCACCUAUAUCGAAUCAGUCUCAGACGAGGUUCAAAUAUGUCAGAAAAAAGGACUAUUGAUGAUGUGGUUAAGAAAGAUAGAGAAUAUUGGACAGCUGUUAUGGAUGAUGCACUUAUUGAUGCACUCUUGCAUCAACAUCAUCUAGGUAACAGAAAUGGUUCAGUCUUCACCACACAUGCCUAUGACAAUAUUGUGAAGGAAUUGCGAGAAAAAUUUGAAAAACCAAUAGACAAGCAAAAGGUGAAAAAAUCGCAUUAAAACCAUUAAGUAUAAUUGGUCAGACUGCUAUGAUGUAUUUAAGAAUGGAUUGAGUGGUUUUGCUUGGAGUCCAAUCACCAAAAUGUGGAGUGCUAAACCAGAAGUUUGGGAAAGUCUAAUUCAGGCUAAACCUAAAGCAAAAGAGCUUAAGAACAAACCAAUUCCAAACUACGACAAAUUGGUUGAGCUUUAUGGAAAAGAUAGAGCAACUGGGGAACAAUCUGAAACUGCAUCAGAGAUGAGGCAACGGUGGGCUACUUCAACUGGAGAGGGCUCUAUGGAGAACAUUGAAGAUAUUGAUCAUUUAGUUGCUCAAAAUGAAGUUACUUUGGAGAGCUGUGAUAAUGUGGGUGAUAAUAAUGCGGGUGAAGCCUCCUCAAAAGCCAAAAAGAGAAAAACAUCAAAAAAUGAGGACAUGGAACAAAUUAUGGGAGCAAUUCAGGAUGUUGCUUUAGCAAUGAGAGAAGGAAAUUCAGCACUUAAAGAAGGAAAUUUAAUUUUUGAGAGGAGCUUGGCACGUCUUCCCAUUCCUGAGCAAGACGUGUUCCAUCUCUUGGAUGAGAUAGGAAUUGAUUCUAGAUUGCGAAUGAGGGCUUAUCUCUAUCUUAUUAAGAAUCCAGAUAUGUUGAGAGCUUUUAUUGGCUAUCCAGUGGAGGAGCGCAAGGAGCUAUUGUUCACAAUGAUGUCUAGUCCUUAAAUUUCUCUAACAGUUAGGCAAGUAAUGUUCCAAGACAAUUUUAGCUUCUAAAAACCUUUUCAAUUGACCAUUAAACUGUAAACUCUUGGGAUUAAUUUUUCUUUGACACUAGCUUGUGUUUAUUUUUAGUUUUUCUUUCUAAAACAAGUAUGUUGACAAUUACAGAUAUGGUCAUAGCUCAUUGUAACAGUGUCCUUUUUUCAAUGGCUUGAAAACUUUGUCUGCUUACAUUCAUUUUUAUGCUUUUCACUUCUUAGUUGUCAGGCAUGAUACAAUGUCAUAUGAGGCCUUUGAUUCAAAAAUUGGCUGUACUGCCAAU